AUGACCUUAUCUUCAGCUCCUGAAGAUCCACUACCGGCUGUGAAGUGUGUUGCUCGGGCCAGGAUUCCAACAACCACCGGUCCUGAUAUCUUUCUACACCUAUAUUCGAACGACAGAGAUGACAAAGAACACCUGGCUAUAGUAUUCGGAGAGGAUAUCCGGUCACGAAGCUUAUUCCAACGCAGAAGAGGAGAAACGCAACAAGACAGAAUGGUUAGAGGAGCUUACGUGGGUAAACUCUUUCCAGGCAGAACAAUGGCAGAUAUCGACGAAAAUCUGGGUAUGAAUCUAACUUUCGAUGAAACCUCCGGGGCGCUUGUGGUCGACCCAAAAACCACCUGGCAUAACCAGGAUACGCUGGUGCGUAUUCAUUCGGAAUGCUACACUGGAGAAACGGCCUGGAGCGCCCGUUGUGACUGUGGUGAGCAGUUUGACCAUGCGGGGAAACUCAUGGGCGUAGAACGCGAGGGAGACAUAAUAGGCGGAUCUGGACGAGGUGUGAUCGUGUAUCUCAGACAAGAAGGCCGCGGGAUAGGGCUUGGUGAAAAACUCAAGGCAUACAACCUCCAGGAUCUCGGUGCAGACACUGUCCAGGCCAACCUCAUGCUGCAACAUCCGGCAGACGGGCGCGACUUUUCACUUGGACGUGCCAUAUUGAUCGAUUUGGGCAUCUCAAACGUACGGCUGCUAACAAACAACCCAGAUAAAGUCUUACAAGCCGAAUACCCUCCAUAUUUGCAAUGUGUGGAAAGAGUACCCAUGGUCCCACUCUCAUGGACCAGCGAUAGUGAUGGGAUUCACUCGGCAGAGAUUGAAGGGUAUCUCAGAACCAAAGUGGAAAGAAUGGGCCAUUUACUGCAACGGCCCUUGAAGCUUCAUUCUUCUGUCUCCAAGUCGAACAACUCGACUACGGUCACAACCCACACGCUCGUAUGA